GGCCAAUGGCAGGUGGUGACGUGUCCCGUACAAAGCGAUGCGACUGGCGGUGACGUCGCAGCGCUGGGCGUGGCUUCUGUCAGAGAGAGCCGGCUUACCGAGGGGGGGGUCGGAGGUCAGAGCGGAACCAAGAUGGCGGUGGCUCGGAGGCUCCUUGGUCUUGCUCUCGUGUUCUCUGUCUGUCUCACUCCUGGCCUGAGUGUUGACAGGAGCAACUUCAAGACAUGUGAACAGAGUUCCUUCUGCAGACGUCAGCGCAAGUUUGAGCCGGGAUCCUCUCCGUAUCGCGCUUUGCUGGGAAGCGCAAAACUGACUGCGGACAAACUAGAAAUCCAGCUCAUCAAUGACAAGACCCAGGUGUCCCUCCUUCUGGAAGUCUUCGGACUCCAUGGAAACAUGACCCGAAUUAAGAUCAAUGAGAUCAAACCUCUAAAACCUCGAUAUGAGGUUCCAGACGUGCUGGUUGGGACACCGACCCCUGAAAAUUUGCAGGUGACUGGGCAGGAUGAUAAUACCCUUGAACUGUCCUUGGGAAGCGAUGAGCACAAGCUUCUAGUGACCGGAUCACCGUUCCGAUUGGAUAUCCUGGCAGGGCGAGACUUGGUCCUGAGCGUCAAUUCUCGCGGGUUGCUUUACUUCGAGCAUUUUACAGAACGAAAAGACACUCUCUCGGCUAAAGUUAGUAGCGCUGUCGGUAACAUGUGGCAUAAAGUGAAGAAUCUUUUCUCUAGUGACCCAGAGAAGACGGAGGAAUCCGCUGGAACUGAUGAUGAAAACCAAGGAGAGGAGGAAGCGGCAAAGGAAGAAGAAACCAAGAAGCCGGAAGAAGAUGAGCCAGGAAUGUGGGAAGAAACCUUCAAAACGCACACGGACAGCAAACCAAAUGGUCCUUCUUCGGUGGGUCUAGACUUUUCACUACCAGGAUUUGAACAUGUUUAUGGGAUUCCAGAACACGCUGACAACCUAAGACUACGGACAACAGAGAACACGGAUCCUUAUCGGCUCUACAACCUGGACGUCUUCCAGUAUGAAGUGUAUAACACCAUGGCUUUAUAUGGCGCCGUCCCCCUCUUGCUCGCUCACAACGUUCAGCGCACGUUAGGUAUAUUUUGGCUCAACGCGGCAGAGACGUGGGUAGACAUCAGCUCGAACACAGCUGGCAAGACUCUUCUGGGUAAGAUGUUGCAGUACAUGCAGGGAGGCGAUGAGACGCCGCAGACAGAUGUGCGCUGGAUGUCGGAGAGUGGAAUCAUUGACGUGUUCGUUCUACUUGGCCCUGCGCCAAGCGAUGUCUUCAAGCAGUAUGCCAGUCUCACAGGCACUCAGGCUCUGCCCCCAUACUUCUCCCUGGGAUACCACCAGUGCCGAUGGAACUACAAUGACGAGGAUGACGUGCGGAACGUGGAUGCCGGCUUUGAUGAGCAUGAUUUGCCUUAUGAUGUCAUCUGGUUAGAUAUUGAGCACGCCGACGGGAAGAGAUAUUUCACCUGGGACCCUCACAAGUUCCCCACUCCAAAAAACAUGCUGACUGGGUUGAAAGAGAAGAGGAGAAAGGCUCUGCUGGUUAUCCAGACUUCACUAAUCCGGACGUGCGCGCUUGGUGGUCCAGUAUGUUCGCGUAUAACGAAUACGAGGGAUCUAUGGAAAAUCUGUUUGUUUGGAACGAUAUGAAUGAGCCGUCGGUUUUCAAUGGUCCAGAAGUGACUAUGCACAAAGACGCCGUCCAUUGGGGUGGCUGGGAGCAUCGGGAGGUCCACAAUAUGUAUGGCCUGUAUGUGCACCGAGCCACCGCUGAGGGGUUAAUCCAUCGCUCUGGUGGGAAGGAGAGGCCAUUUGUCUUGACACGUGCCUUCUUUGCGGGAUCACAGCGUUAUGGUGCUGUGUGGACUGGUGAUAAUGCGGCUGAUUGGGAACACUUAAAGAUCUCCCUCCCCAUGUGCCUGAGCCUGGCUCUAGCAGGCAUCUCCUUCUGCGGAGCCGAUGUCGGAGGAUUCUUUAAGAACCCAGAAACUGAACUGCUUGUUCGCUGGUAUCAGGCUGGAGCGUAUCAGCCUUUUUUCCGCGCUCAUGCUCACUUGGACACCCCUCGACGUGAACCGUGGUUACACGGAGAAGCCAAUACAGAUAUUAUACGCGAGGCCCUACUGCAAAGAUACGCUCUGCUUCCAUACUGGUAUACGCUAUUCUACAAUGCACACCGUGAUGGAGAGCCUGUAAUGAGGCCGCUCUGGGUUGAGUUUCCAUCAGAUGUCUCUGCCUUCGCCAUGGAUGACCAAUAUCUGUUGGGUUCUGCCCUUCUGGUGCACCCGGUAACGGAGAGCAAUGCCCGAGGGGUUCAGAUCUAUCUUCCUGGGACUGGAGACGUCUGGUAUGAUGUCCACACACAUCAGAAGUAUGAGGCUCCUCAGAAGUUCUACCAUCCGGUCACCAUCAGUUCAAUUCCAGUGUUUCAGCGCGGUGGGUCUAUAAUUCCUCGGAAGGAUCGGCCAAGACGUUCCUCAGACUGCAUGCAGGAUGAUCCUUUUACGCUCUAUGUGGCACUGAAUCUGCAGGGAGAAGCCAAAGGUGAAUUGUACUUGGAUGAUGGUCAUAGCUUCAAUUACCAGCAAAAUGAGUUUGUAUACAGAGAGUUCAGCUAUAGCAAUGGGAAGCUGACAUCCAGUUCCCUGGAUCUUAAUGGAAAGUUUGAGACCCCCAGUUGGUUAGAGAGAGUUGUGAUCAUUGGAGCCACCAAGCCGACCAGCAUAACCCUACAGCAGCCGGGUGGUUCAGAAGUGCCGCUGGAUUUCGACUACAACGCACAAACCUCUGUGAUAACUGUGCGAAAACCAGGCGUCAACAUCGCGUCAGAUUUCAGCCUAUCUCUUCGAUAACACCACCGACUUAAGUCUUCAGGGAAAAGGGGGGAAGAAGGGGCAGUGGGAUCCCCCACGCGAGAGGUGGCGUAAGGUGGGACUUCAUUCACGGACCAAACUUGAGAAUAAAGAGACCAGAGGAAGCGUCGGAGCGCCGAGUGUGUGUGUGAACGUAUGUCUGAUGAGAUUUAUGGGGUACUGCCCCCCCCCCCCCCUGCACUUAUGGUGUGUAUGUGUUUGUGUGUAUAGAAGGAUCAUGCACUGUCACAAUGAACAGUAAGGAACUGGACCACCUUCUCAAAUUUGAGAUUAUUUUUUUUUUUCUUUUUAAUCAUGUCGCCUGCCCCCUUAAUCCAGCCUUUAUACCUGAUUUACAGACGCUAUCCACAUCUCCGUGUGGGAGGAGGAUGACCAGAUUUUACAUGUGAUACAAAAAAAAAAAAAAAACUAUUAAAAUAAAAUAUAAAAAUUCUCAGGGCUGCAGCCAUGGUUAGGAAUGUACGAAUCAGGAAUGAAUAGAAAGUAACAUUAGUUUGACGGGCGACACCCCACCUGCUCUUUCUUUCCCCCUUUUCCCCCCCUAUCCAUCCUGCCAUGUACCUGAGGAGGUGCAUGGACGGCCCAAUAAUGUGACACCCUGUGUAGCUACGUCUGGGGGGGGGGGGGGGGGAGCCUGCGCUCUACAUCUCUCCACCUUUUUUUUUUUUUCGGUCUGCUAGUGAGUACGUAAGAAAGGUAACAACCUGUCGAGGCUUUUCUAUUCUUGGGGGAAGUGGAUCCAUGUCUUGAUCGGAACAAUGUUUUGAUAAAAUGAGAAAUUAAAAAUAUAA